AUGAAGUCCCUCCUCUUGGCCACGACCCUCAUGGGCAUCGUGAUUGCAGCCAACAACACCACUUCAUCCACCGCGCACAACAUCACGGUCUACGGCGGUGUCACGGUGGCCAAUUAUCCCGCAUCAGUUAUCGAAGCGGAUGCCUGUGGAGGCACAACCCUCACAUGGUCUGACCAGAGCGUAAUAGCGGCCACGUCCAGUAACGUGACGCUACUUAACGCAGGAGCAACAUUCAAAUACAAUCAUUACGAGGUCACAUUCAAAACGGUCGGUGAAACUCGGACAGCGUCUGGCAACGGGUCAACAUCGACAGUCACCUUCAGCCGCGCAUGCGAGCUGUACGGGACAUCGAACACUUUCAGCUCCAAGGUCUGCACAGAAGGGUCCAUGGUUUGGCAGGGUCUUGGGACUACGACAACAGCCUCUCCGACAGUCACGACGAUUGCCGACGUCGAGGAGUUGGGAAGUGGCGAAAUUCUGGUCACGGCCGGCUUUGAGAAGCUUCCUGCAUCGUCGUUGAGUUGUUAG